ACCACGCUAGGGUUUUCGAAGGCAUUAUUGAUCUCUCUUCCGCACACAGUUCUUGCAGAGGCUCAGCUAGCGCCUCCUGAGAUCUUCAAGCUCAUCAUCCCAAAAUGGCGAGAGGAUUGAAGAAGCAUUUGAAGCGGCUCAAUGCUCCCAAGCAUUGGAUGCUUGACAAACUUGGCGGUGCAUUUGCACCUAAGCCUUCAUCUGGACCCCACAAAUCCAGGGAGUGCUUGCCAUUGAUCCUCAUCCUGCGAAACCGUUUGAAAUAUGCUCUAACAUACCGUGAAGUUAUUUCCAUUUUGAUGCAAAGGCAUGUCUUGGUUGAUGGAAAGGUCAGGACUGAUAAGACAUAUCCUUCUGGUUUCAUGGAUGUCGUAUCCAUCCCAAAAACAAAUGAGAAUUUCCGUCUUCUUUAUGAUACUAAAGGCCGUUUCCGUCUCCACUCAAUCAGGGAUGAUGAGGCAAAGUUCAAGCUUUGCAAAGUUCGCUCUGUGCAGUUUGGCCAAAAGGGUAUCCCAUAUCUGAACACCUAUGAUGGGCGUACUAUCCGUUACCCUGACCCUCUCAUCAAGGCGAACGACACCAUCAAGCUGGACCUUGAGAGCAACAAAAUCACUGACUUCAUCAAGUUUGAUGUUGGAAAUGUAGUGAUGGUUACUGGUGGAAGGAACAGAGGGCGUGUUGGAGUAAUCAAGAACAGGGAAAAGCAUAAGGGAACUUUUGAGACCAUCCACGUUCAGGAUGCUACUGGACAUGAGUUCGCUACUCGAUUGGGCAAUGUGUUCACCAUUGGCAAGGGGACCAAGCCAUGGUUAUCCCUUCCAAAGGGUAAGGGUAUUAAGCUUUCUAUCAUUGAAGAAGCCAAGAAGAGGCUUGCAGCCCAAGCAGCAUCCACAGCUUAAACAAUAAUGAACAGCCUCUGAUAUUUCUUAGACUUUGUUUGAUGUUCGGUUUUUCUCGUAGCUGAACCUUAUAUUGGAUUUAUGCUGCAAAUUUUGCUCUCUUUUGCUUGGUACUGUUAAUUGUAGUUGUUGAAUUAUGAAUUGUAGUACUUAAUGCCCGUUUGGAAGUUAAUUCUUGCUUGGACUCCUUAAUGCCCGUUUGGAAGUUAAUUCUUGCUUGGACUCCUUAA